AUGACUUGCACAUUUCAUGCCUUCCCUCGUUUGCCGGUGGAGUUGCAGAUCGCCAUUUGGCAAGCCACUGUCGAGCCAAGAGAGAUUUGCUUUGACGUCGAUAUAAUUAGUACACCGCCAGCGUUGCAAGCGUGCCAAUUGGCCAGAGAAACGCUCCUGCAAGAGUACGAACUCCUGGUUGUCGAUGCAGCCCCAAAAGGCGACAGCCCGAGAGCUCAAUACGUUCGGGAGCACGGCCGCCGCAAGACAUGGUUCAAUUAUAAGCUUGACACGCUGCGGGUGGACCAGUUCGUGAUCGACGAUCUCAUCGAUACCAUGGGCAACGAGAAGCUACGCCGCAUCAUCAUCGAGCAUAGCUGGUAUGGAAAGUGGUACCGUGAUCACGAUAAAAGCGUCCGACUCUUCAGGGCCAAGAACGAAAAGUACUUUCCGAAUAUCGAGCUUGUCAAGGUCGUCGAAGUGACGCGCGCGCAUACCUUUGGCCCGCCCUCGCCCGCCUGGAGAAGUAGCUUUUACCCCAUCAUGGGCCAGCACUAUUAUACGUGCUCACCGGCCAAGUUUGAGCUUGAAGUGUCCCACGAGGCGUUUCCAGACAUGGAGCCUCUGACGCGACACAACUAUGUGCGGUGGUACGAUGCUCAGGAGAUACACUUUUGGAGGGACUUGGUAUGGGCCCAUGAUGGAUGUGAACAUGAAGAACCGGGUAUUGACCGGAAGCGCCUCUUGAGGGACAAUUCAUGA